UACAUUUAUUAGUUUAAGGAUCAAAUCUUCGUUGAUUCAAGCGUCAUAAAAUAUUUCAUUUUUUUUGCUUCGAAGAUUCAGAAUUAAUUUUUUUAAAACCACCAGAAAAUAUCUUCAAAUGGCUCUUCAACGAAUCCUUAAUUCCUCUCAAAAACUGAUCAAACAAAAUAUAAAAUUUGACAUUUUUCGUGCAGAAAUUCAUUCUCUGAAGAAAAUUGGCAAACGUGAAAUUGUUGGAUAUGGUUGGAAUGGUACAGCUUGUUAUAUUGAUCAUGUAAGCUAUCCAAUGCCUGGGAUUCGUUACAAAGAACCUAGCAACGAAUCAAUAUGCUUGAAUGCAAAGGAGCAACUUGAUUGGAGAAAAUUGUCGAUGGUAGAAAAGAGAGCAUUAUAUCGUUAUUCAUUUUGUCAGACAUUUAGUGAAUUGAAAGCUGGUACGGGAGAAUGGAAAAUGCAUUUGGGCUUUGUUUUGAUGGCUAUAUCGUUGGGGAUUUGGGUAACGAUUUUUAAUCACAAAUAUUUAUAUGAUAAAUUGCCUGUUUCGUUUGAUGAAGAACAUCAAAAGGCACAACUUAAACGGAUGCUUACACUUGAAAUUAAUCCAGUUCAAGGGAUUUCAUCCAAAUGGGACUAUGAGAAAAAGAAAUGGAAAUAGGUUCAGAUUUUUAAAUAAGGAGUUUUAAGUUUUUGAAAUAAAUAACAUUUGUGAAAAAAAAUUUA